GUCUGGAUGACUUUAAUUGAAUUUAAAAAUAUAUGUAUUGAACCAUGUAUUUAUUUAUAGAAUGACGAAUGUCUGGAUAAUGUUUAUUUAUAACUUGAUACACGGGUCGAUUCUAUCCAGUCUUCGGUUAUUCUAUUAUUCCAGAUGAAAAACAACAUAUUGAAGAAAAUUAUAAUCAUUCGUCUAAGAUGAUAACUGAUCGACAUAGAACAGAGCUAGCUCAAAACGGUUUCGUUGUUAUUGAGAACGUUUUGACAGAGGAAGAGUGCGAGGAAAGAAUUGAAGAAUACAAAAUAUGGCUACAGCAAUUCCGAGGUCCAGGCGAGUGGCCCAAAUCUUUAAAUUCCCUAAUUAGGGGUUAUAAUGCAGGAAACUUAGAAACAACAUGGAAGGUUCGGUUAGCUGUUAAACCAGUUUAUGAGGAGUUAUGGAAAACACCAAGAUUAUUAUCAAGUAUUGAAACGGUGGCAAUUGGACGACCACCAGAGGAAGGGGAGGAGGAAUUUGCAGUUGAGGGCAAACAUUGGCUCCACUGUGAUCAAGGUGCAGAGAAAUUUGGUCUUCAUGCUUAUCAGGGAGGCGUUUACCUUGAGGCGGCUGAGGAAGAUGAUUGGACAUUCUAUGUUCUAAAAAAAUCCCACAAAUUUCUAGAUGAAUUGUACGUCAAUAAUAAGAAAGGUGCCGAACAGAGUGCACAGCAUAAUUUCUUUGAUAUUCGUGAGAAUGAUUUAGAUUGGUUUAAAUCUAAAGGAUGUGAACUACUCAGAGUUGCCGUUCCUAAAGGUGGCAUGGUUCUGUGGGAUUCUAGACUGAUCCAUGCCAAUGCAAGGCCAGUAAAGGGUAGAAAAAAUCCCGGUCGUUGGCGAUUUACGGUUUUAGUCUGUAUGACACCAGCUUGCUGGGCUAAUAAAAGCGAUUUAGAGAAAAGAAAAGCUGCGUACAAAAGUGCUGUCAUGCUUUCCCAUUGGCCAUCACAAGACAUCCGUUUUGAUAUUCAAGGAUCAAGUGCACCGCAUGAACAAACCAAAAACAUAGUAUUCCCGGAAAAACUUUCUGGUAUUGCAACCACAGCUGAAGUUCAAGAGUUGUGUGGAUAUAAAGAGUAUGAUUUCAGCAACGUAAAAUCAAAUCCAGAAAUAAGUUAUCCAAAAUGGAAACAAAUUUUACACAAUCCUCCUUCAGAAUAUUUCAACGACCAAAGAUUAGAACUAAGCGAGUCUACACACGACUGGGCGUCUUACUGCACUUUACUUUAAUGAUGGUUGAUAGUUAAAUACCUCAACUUUGAUUAAGACUAGAAGAGCCAAGUUAUUUAAUAAGAUAUGAGUGGCCUUCAAGAUCUUAGCCCUUUUAAAAGAUUUUUAUUAGUUUACUUGAUUGUUGAAAUGUAAUAAUAAUGUGUCUACUGCAAUUAUGCUUGCAAUUGCUCUACUCAUUUGGGGCGUCAUAAUUAACAAAUAAAAAUUAUAUUGAU